AUGGUAAUAGCGAAAGAACCAAUCAGAUGCAAACUCGUAGUUGACGAUCCAACAAUUAACCAAGUGUCCAAAUUUAAUUCCUUGGGCGUAAAUAUCUCUGGUAACAGAAAUCUCUCAGAUGAAGCAAGGGUUCAAGCAAACAAAGCAGCACGAAUAUCUGGCUACUUAAGAGAUAUCAUAUGGAGAAAUAAAUUCAUGUCAACGGAAAGUAAAGAUAGCACAAACAAGACUUGUGUUAGACCAGUUCUAGCCUAUUCUAGAAAAACUUCGGCCGAAACAUCAAAAACAAAGACAAUACUCAGAACAACAGAAAUGAAAGUAUUAAGUAUACGCGGAGUCACACUAAGAGAUAGAAUGCGAAACAACGACACCAGAGAGGAACUAGGAGUACAAGACAUAGUCAGGUGGGAAGAUCAAGAAGGCGUCAUUGGGAAUACCAUGUUGAAACAAUGGACCACGAUAGAAUAG